AUGUCUGAUGUUUCAAGUGGGAGAAGAAAAAAAAGAAAGUUGGCACCCAAAGCCCCAAAGGGCCCAUCUGACAGUCCCAAAGCCAUAUUGCUCAAUUCAUCCCUUCUCCUCCUGGAAGUGCCUGCCGAUACCAACACCAGCUUCCCGGUGUGGGACGCCCUGAGAUCCCUGAAAGUCGGCGUCACCUGGACGGUCAAACCUUACGGCAUCAGUAUCAACUUAACACCUCUUCCUGUGAAGCAGGAGGACAUCACCGCUUCUUGUGAGAGAGAAAACUCAUCCAGUGUGGCAGAAACCUCCAGCCUUCAGCUGCAGAUCCAGAACACCUCCUGUGUGCUGCUGACUGUCUCCCACAGCUGCCUGCCAACGCCGCCCCACACAAAUCAAUCAAACCAGAGUCUCGUCAACCCGAUUUCUGUGUCACUGCCUCUCCUCAUCACUCAUUCUCCACAGGGAUAUCAGCCUGGCACCAUUGCAACCAUAAAGCCCCCACAUGCUAUCCAACCACCUACAAGCGUUUCCGGUGACCGAGAUGUUGAACCCAAGAGACCUGAUCUCUUAUCGUUUCACACAAAGGUCUCCCCUGACGUCCGCAUCUGCGACAACUUCCUUCUGGGUGCAUGUGAUGCAGGGAAAAGGUGUAAGAUGCACCACACACCUUACCCAUUCCACUGGCAGCUGUGGUCGAUAAAGACCCACCAAUGGAUCGACCUCUCACCUCGCGCUCAGGUCUUACUGGAGAGGAGCUACUGUUGUGCUGAACAGAGCGACGUUACCCUCAUAGACAAGCAAACAUGCCAGGUCCUGGACUUUGAAACAAUGGAGCUGGACGAUCUCUCAGAGUAUGAUGCAGUCAGGCGACUUACUAACUCAGAGAGCGUAGAAACAAACCCCCACUUUCCAAGCAAGAGCAAAAUCUACUGGUGUGAGGGCAUGAACUUCAAAGAGUACAGCGCGGAUUUGUCUGCCCUUCUCCUGAAAAAGAUGAGUGAAAAGGAGCUAAAAUGUUCCUUCAGCAUCGGUAAGCAGAAGUACGAGGUGGACUUCACCAGUAUGACCCAGACCAGAAUCAGCACCGGCUUCCAAAGACAAAUUUGUUGCAGACCUGCCUACCGCUCACCAGAGUCCAUGUAUCCUCACCUAAAGACUGGAAUCCCGUCCGACUUUACUAAUUGUGAGCCCAACGCUGCUGCGGCUAACUUCAGCGUAGAUCCUCUGCAGGAGUUCAGCUCCUGGUACCCUCCGGUCUGGCUUCCGGGCUCAGAGGAGGAUUACCUCCUGGUUGAUGUUCCGGCCAGGACUCAGGCAUCCCGGAGCAUCAAAAGAUUCUUCCACAAAAACCUGCCAGAGACCAAGGUCGACAUCAUCAGCAUCCAGCAGAUCCAGAACCUGCUGCACUGGGACAAGUACCAAAGGCAGAAAACACACAUGCAGAAACACCACAGCGGAGCCGAGGGACCUCUGGAGAGACAUCUCUUCCACGGGACCACAAAGGUCGCCUCAGAGAGCAUCUGCCUCCACGGCUUUGACCCCCGGGUGGCCGGCCUCAACGGACACUCUCACGGGUUCGGCUCGUACUUUGCUACCAACGCGCUCAUGUCCCACGAGUACACAGAAGCAAACGAGUCCAAUGAGGUUGGUUGCAUGUUUCUGGCCAAAGUCCUGGUGGGAAGAGUUUGCUUAGGGAAACACAACUACCGGCGACCGCCCAGCGCCAAGGUCAGUCUCUACGAUGCCUGCGUCGACAACAAGCCAAACCCUCAGAUGUUUAUAGUGUUUGACAGCUGCCAGUGCUACCCAUACUACCUGAUCAAGUACAAAAAGUUAUCUCAAGAGAUUACUAUUCACGACUGA